AUGCUUACAAGGGCUGUUGGAAAUCGUGAUCGGGAUAUGUCCGCAGUAAUUCUUUCAUCUUUGAAAACCGAAAUGUUGGACGAUGAUGAGCAAGCCCCUGAAAGCAUUCAAAGUUCUACAUCCCCUAACCACUCAAAGAAAGUUGUAACUGCAUGGAAAGGUCAAAUUGUUCCUAUGAAUGAUCAUUCUGAUAAAGAAGCUGUCCUCUACAGCGAUCCUAAUUCUAAUAAACAUUACCGUUUCAUUUUGCACAGAAGAAAUCAUCAAAAAGCUGAUAAUUAUGCAUGUGCUAGAUGCAAAUCGCGCAAAAAAUACGUUCGAAUUCUAAUAGCCGGCGAAUACUUUCUUGAGGAUCCAGCAUCGCUGGAUCAUAUAUGUUACUUGAACCAAGAAGAGUUACGGGAAAAUCGCGAACGUUCCAUUGAUCAGAAGAAUAAGGAUAUGAUGAGGGAAAAGCAGAAAAUCACGGCUCAGUUACAAUCAGCUAAAGAUUUCAAGGAACAGACACCUAACAAACAAACUGAUAAAGGUCUUUUGCCUGCAAUUGCUCGUAUACUUGAGCACGAUGAUCCCAGUAUUCUCGACAGUUCAUCUGAAUCUCUCAGAGACGAAGGAGAGCUCCGAGAUAGUCUGUGCUCGUCCAUAUUAGAUACCUUAUUAAAAAAUAUGCCUAAGCAGGAAUCUGGCGAACCACAAAUUAAAAGAUUACGAAAAGAAGAAAAACCUGAUCCAGAUCCUCAGGAGCCUACUCCUCAAAACGCACAAACGCAAGCCUCGGAUGUGUUCAGUAUCAGUUUGAAGCGUGCCUUAGAUGGAAUCUUGCCAGAGAAUAGGGCGAAAGCUGAAAACGAAAUACUACGAUAUGUAUACAGCACGCUCUACGCUAAAUAUGGAGCUACUUAA